AACCCUUGCGGAACGAUACAGAGAGAGAGGCUUCGAUCUUCAUUGGGGACAAAAUUGUCGGAAAAAAUGGCUAAAUGGUGGCGCUCCGGUGCCGGAGGCCUUAGGGUGUUACUGGGGAACUCACCAAGAUCAUCCUCAUUUAAAGCCGCUUCUUACCAUACGAUCCAAGCCAUCCCUAGAGAGUGUACGGGGGCCAGAAUCUCUGCGAGAGAUCGAGCGCAGGGUCGAAUCCCCACCGUGGUUUUCAGUCAGUCCCUUCUCGAGAAAAACCCCAACAGUCGCUCGGAUUCCAAGAAGCAUUUAUUGACCACGGAGAAGAAGCAGAUUCAGGCCAUCGUUAAAGCUGUGGAUCUCCCGUUCUUUUGCUCCACGAGGUUCCCGCUCCAGAUCCGAGCCGGGUCCGGAUCAUCGGUUUUACUUGAAUCCGGGAAUGUUGUUCCCAUUAAGAUACAUAGGGAUGAAGAGACUGGGAAGAUAUUGAAUAUGGUGUUUGUAUGGGCUGAAGAUGGAUCAGAUUUGAAGCUAAAUGUGCCCAUUGUUUUUAAGGGAGAAGAUGUUUCACCUGGUCUCAAGAAAGGUGGUUGUCUGAACAAAAUAAGAACUAGUCUAAAGUACAUUUGCCCAGCUGAACACAUUCCUUCCAAAAUAGAGGUUGAUGUGAGCAAUCUAGACGUUGGUGAUAGAAUUUUCAUUCGUGACGUGGAAGUGCACCCAUCGUUAAAGCUUUUGAGUAAGAAUGAAGACAUGCCCAUUUGUAAGAUAGUUGCAACCGAGUUGGAAAAUUCAAAACAUGCUGGAGUUUAGGUACUGAAAGUUCAUAGUUGAAGGCCUUUCCUAGAUUUUGCACUGUGAAUCACAAUCAAUUAAACAAUAAAUCUGGUGCUUUCUUUACUAAGCUAAUCAUUGAGGUUGUUCUCAUGGAUUCUAUAGUAGGCAAGAAUUUGAGCUUGUUAUUCUUAUAUCCUAUGGUUCUGAUUGUUAUCAAUUAUCUUGCAUUACUGUCAAAUUCAUUAAAAAUGAUUCAAGUGGUAAUCCAUGGAAAUUAGGAUGCUUGGAAGUGGUGGUUUGUAAUCUGUUAGAAUUGAAUUAUAAAUUGGAUAGCUGGGAGAAAAAGCUAUUGUUAUUUUUUAAUUAGAGGGCUUUUCUUUUUCA